AUGGUUGCAACUAAUUCUAUAUUAGCAAAAAUAGUUACGGGGCUACCGCCAUGCUGUUUAAGAAUUCAUCCUAAUGACACUAGCAGGAUUUAUAUCGGGACAUACAAGUUGGAGGAAAAGAGUGGAAUCAAACAUGGAUCACUAGAUGUGUACAGAUAUGAUGCCCAGGAUUCAUCGUUGGCAUUGUUGACGUCAGUUCCUACAAAAUCAGCUAUACUUGACAUAAAAUUCAAUCCUCAAGAUUCUUCUCAAUUGUUAUCAGCUCAUUCAAAUGGUCAGCUAAUAAUAUGGAAAGUCGGUCAAGAUAAUGACGAGAUCACUAUUGUCAAUGAAGUUACGAUAGAUGACGAUGAGUCGAAUUGCAUUACAUCAGUAUUCUAUAAUCCGAACAAUUCAAACCAAGUACUAGUCACAUUGACAAGUGGAUACCUGGGCAUACAUGACUUGAUCUCACACACAACAACAGUUCUUGAAGCUCAACAUAGUUUGGAAUGUUGGACUGGUUCGUUUGGAGAAUUGGGUCAAUUGCAACACGUCGUAUACACCGGUGGCGAUGACUCUCAAUUGAUUGCUCAUGAUCUACGAGCAUCUCAACCAAUAUGGACAUUGUCACGUGGACACAAUGCUGGCAUAGUUAGUAUCUUGUCACCAUCGAAGCAAUGGAGCUCGACAAGUGGCAACUUACUCUGGACUGGAUCUUAUGAUGAUCAUUUACGGGUAUGGGAUUUACGAUGUAUUGAUGAAACAAAUCCGAGGUUGAUUGAGGGGUAUAUUCCAAAGAAAUUGCACGAAGAGAAUCUCAAUGGUGGUGUUUGGAGGUUGAUUCCAAGUCACGUUGCAAAUGAUAAUCGAGUUUUGAGUUGCUGUAUGUACGAUGGUGCAAGAAUCAUAAAUACUAGAGGUGCUGACUUUUCAGUAGAUAGAUAUUUCAAAGGAGAUCAUGAAAGUAUGUGCUAUGGUGGUGAUUGGUCAUUUGAUGGGAACUACGUUGCAACUUGUUCAUUUUAUGAUAAAGUUGUUCACCUAUGGUCGCCUGACACAAUAAAUGAAUAG